GUCCGAACUUCACCACACUACCUACCACAGAUCUUGUACGUACUUUCAUAGACAAAGACAAGCAUCAAAGUCCAAGAGAAGAAUCACUGUCUGCGAGUAUCAUAUACAGCUUCACUUUAAGACUGCCACCGAAAAAGCAAUCAUGCCUCCCCGCGGUCGCAGAUCCAAGGGUUCAACGCCCACCCAUGCCCAAUCCCGCCUUUCCUUUAACAACUCGGCAAGAGUCACCAAACCAGGCACGAGACAAGACGACUCGGCGAAGAAAGCCGCCUCAAAGCUCUCGGAGGUCACCCAAGCGCCCGUUGAACACGAGAUCGAGACGCCCGAGCCUGAAGCAGAUGAACUCCAAGCUACGCCAGAGUCUGAGUCGAAGUCGAAGGAGAUUGACGUCGCCAUACGAGAGUCGCCAUUGAAGCCGAAGACGACAAAUCCAAAGGCCAAAAAGAUACCUGUUCCAGACAAGGACGAGAGAGAGCUUUCAGCCGAGAAGAUCACGGAUGCGCAGAUACGAAAGUACUGGAAGGCCGAGGAGGAUGGUAGGCUUGCUCCAAGAAUCCACCAAGAGAACCUCUCGCUGCACGAAAAGAUCCUACGACACUUUGACCUUUCUUCCCAAUUCGGUCCGUGCAUUGGUAUCCAGAGACUCCAGCGCUGGAAGAGGGCGAACAUGUUGGGAUUGGAACCGCCCGUCGAGGUCCUGGCUGUGCUCUUGCGCGAAGACGACAAAGAGACGAGCCAGGGUUGCGGCAAAUUGGCCUACAUUGACGAAUUGGCCGGUGGGAAGGUGGUGCUCGUGGAGUGAGAGCAGUUUCAGUGCGGCGCCAAUUUAGCACGCACACACAAACAAGUUGCAUAUGACGAAGUGGAUGGUUCUACGAUGGUGGUCAUUUGAGUGAGCGGAAUGAAAAAUGGCAAGAGGAGUUCAGGCGAAAUCAUCAUCAUGCGUGAAUGUUGAGCUUUUAAAAAGGGAGGGUAUUGAUUGACUCUCAAGAACUAUCCACUGGUGGGUGUGUAUAGGUUACUACGUGCUGGGCAAUACCACAAGCUAGAAGUAAGCAAACCCGAAGCCUGUUUACUAUCAUGUUCAGGGAGUAGUUAUUCGCAUCCGUCACAAGGACCAAGGAAUAAAUUUGGCUUGCGU